CUAUUUGGUAGGAGCAGUCAUUUUACAGAGUUUGUGGAGCCUUUUACUAGCCUUCGUGGAUAUCUAUGCCCUUCUAGUAAAACGCUGCUUGCGGAAUUCCCGAGCUGUCUGUUUGUUUACCAUUGGAGAUGGGAUUAUGUACGCACUCACAUUUGCAGCAGCUUGUGCAUCCGCAGGCGUCACAGUUCUGAUCAGCAAUGAUCUGAACAUCUGUUCAGAAAAUCACUGCACAAGCUUUCAGACUGCUACAGCCAUGGCCUUCAUCAGCUGGUUUGCGCUCGCCCCAUCAUUUCUCCUAAACUUCUGGUCAUUGGCGUCCAGGUGAAAAAGCAAGAAAAUCCACUUCUCAACUAUAUGUGUGCUGGGGUGAUGUUGGAAUUUUUUUCUUUUCUAAUUAUUGUCUACAGUAAAAUAUCCAUCGCUGUCGUAUGUAUAUCAUGAUGACUAGCGUUUGAGAAUUGUGCAUGUUUACAUUAUUGGAAUUGGAAAGUGAAACCUUGCGAUUGUUCCAUGAUAAUGGAAUGCUGACAUGCUGUCUAUGUGAAA